AGUCAUGUAGGUUUUGUCAUUUAUGAUCAACGGUUUAUGAUGAAAUAGUAUUGCGUCCUUACAGUUUUAUUGCAAUUCUACUAUCACGAAUGAUGCUAAUUGAACUAUAAAACAUUAAUGGGAAAUAUAUGAAAGAUGCAAAAGAAAAGGAAUAUCAAACAAUAAAUUUUAAAUAUUUAGUAUUUAAAAUCAUGAUUUGAAAUAUACUUUUCAAAAGGGUAAAUGCCACAUUUGGUCUACUGAGCUUACUAAAUCGUGUCAUGUUUAGUCACUAGAAAAAUUUAAUAUUAAUUUUGGUCACUCGAAUUACUGAAACAUGUCACAUUUGGUCACAAUCCUGUAGCCUCUGUCCAACUUCGGUCACUCGAAUUAUUGAAACAUGUCACAUUUAGUCACUCGAAUUACUGAAACAUGUCACAUUUAGUCACUCUCCCGUUAGUUUCCGUCCAACUCCAAUGACGGGAGAGUGACUAAAUGUGACAUGUUUUAGUAAUUCGAGUAACUAAAAUUGAUAUUAAAUUUUUCUAGUGACUAAAUGACACGAUUUAGUAAUCUCGGUAACCAAAUGUGACAUUUACCCUUUUCAAAAUGACAGAAUUUAAAAUCCAUUAAUGCAUUUCAAUACAUGCAUUUCUAUCAUUUUUGCCAGAAGAGUUAAUCCAAAAUCAACAUGAGCUACGAAUUUCCAAAAAAUUUCACUAUGCCAAUAUGAAGAGCACUUCUACUAUGCUAUAUAGCAUCGGUGCUUUAAUGUACAACUUAAAGUUGUACCAUAACAUUAAAUGUAUAAGUUUAGGUUGUAGCAUAACGAAAUUUGUAUCAUUAUGUUAUGGUACAACUUUACAACUUGAAGUUGUACCAUUAAAUAAAGGUACAAGUUCAAGUUGUACCAUAAAAAAAUUUGUACAAAAUGUAUAUGAUACAAUUUCAAGUUGUACCAUAAAAGCAAAAACCUAUAGUACUAAUACUAUAUAGCAUUGUAAAAUUUCUCCAAUACGAAACGAGUAGCCAGUGGAAAUUUGGGGGAUAAUUAACGAGGCCAGAAAGUAAAACAAACAGUUGGCAUAACUAAGAAAUGGCAGUGUCACUGUCUCCCUCUGAGAAUCAGCCGUUGUGCUCAGAAGAAGCCAGGCACAAUGCAUAUGAGCAUAACUCUUUUUCUUUCAGUCAGAAAUCAAUACACCGCCAGCCAGCUAGCUGGCCGAAAGAACCGUAACAAGAAUUAUAAGGGUAGCUCUGGCUUCUGGAUUUCUGGUUCUCUUUUGCCAGUCAUCAAAUGGCUUCUUCUUCUGGGUCAGCAUCAUCACAAAAUUGCCCGCCAUUCGACUUCUCAGCCAAGUACUACUCCUCCUCCUCCAGUAGUGGAAAUGGGUGCGUGAGGCAGGGCAGCUUCUUCGAGGGGAAACCCUUGUUGGGACAAGGCGUCGGCUACUCUGUCAUUCUCGGCUUCGGUGCCUUCUUUGCCGUCUUCACUUCUUUUCUGGUGUGGCUGGAGAAGAGAUACGUCGGGUUACGCCACACUUCAGAAUGGUUCAACACUGCCGGCAGGAACGUCAAAACUGGACUUAUCGCCAGUGUCAUUGUCUCCCAGUGGACGUCGGCUGCCACAAUCUUGCAAAGCUCAAACGUGGCUUGGGAAUUUGGAGUGAGUGGACCGUUCUGGUACGCCAGUGGAGCUGCCAUUCAGGUUCUGUUGUUUGGGGUGAUGGCCAUAGAGAUCAAAAGAAAGGCUCCACAUGCACAUACAGUGUGCGAGAUUGUAAAAGCUCGAUGGGGUACACCUGCACACAUUGUGUUCCUCUUCUUCUGCUUCCUCACCAACAUCAUAUUCACGGCUAUGCUGCUCCUUGGUGGCUCGGCAGUCGUCAAUGCACUCACGGGAGUUAACAUCUAUGCCGCCAGCUUCCUCAUCCCACUUGGAGUCAUCGUCUAUACCCUUGCUGGCGGCCUCAAGGCCACAUUCCUGGCUAGCUACAUUCAUUCUGUCAUUGUCCAUGUAGCACUUGUCAUCUUUGUCUACUUAGUCUACACGGCAAGCAGCCAACUUGGCAGUCCCAGCGUGGUAUACCGCCGUCUACUGGAAGUGACGAGCAAAUCCAGAGCCUGCAAUGACCCAAUCUCCCACGCUGGCCAAGCAUGUGGCCCUGUUAAAGGAAAUUACAAAGGUUCUUAUCUUACCAUGCUCAGUCCUGGAGGCCUUGCCUUUGGCAUCAUCAACAUCGUUGGAAACUUCGGCACUGUUUUCCUUGACAAUGGAUAUUGGGUGAGUGCGAUAGCUGCAAGACCAUCCUCAACACAUAAAGGGUACUUGUUGGGAGGCCUGGUUUGGUUUGCUGUCCCUUUCUCUUUAGCAACAGCACUUGGUCUAGGAGCACUCGCCCUUGAUCUCCCAAUAUCUCAGGCAGAAGCAAGCCGUGGACUUGUUCCUCCUGCAACAGCCACUGCUCUAAUGGGGAAAUCUGGUUCUGUACUCUUUCUCACCAUGCUUUUCAUGGCUGUGACUUCAGCUGGAUCAUCCGAGCUAAUUGCAGUCUCCUCACUAUGCACCUACGACAUCUACCGCGCCUACAUAAACCCAAAAGCGUCAGGUAAACAAAUCCUCCGAGUCUCGAGAGCAGUCGUGCUAGGAUUCGGAUGCUUCAUGGGGUUGCUGGCAGUGAUACUGAACAAGGCUGGAGUGUCACUUGGUUGGAUGUAUCUAGCCAUGGGAGUGCUUAUAGGCUCAGCUGUUAUUCCCAUUGCUUUGAUGCUCCUAUGGAGGAAAGCCAACGCAAUUGGUGCCAUAUUGGGAACUGUAAUCGGAUGUGUUCUAGGUAUAACCACGUGGUUAUCAGCUACGAGCAUCGAGUAUGGGAGGAUCGAUCUUCACACGACUGGCAGGAAUGCACCAGCGCUGGCUGGUAAUCUGGUUUCUAUACUUACUGGAGGAGCUGUACACACUUUGUGCAGUCUGGUGUGGCCUCAGAACUACGAGUGGGAUACUACGAGGGAGAUUAGCACUGUUGAGAAGGACCGGAGUGCGCUGCCUGCGGAAGAGUUUGGAGAGGAGAAGUUGAAGAGAGCUAAAGCAUGGAUUGUGAGAUGGGGAGUUGCUUUCACUCUUGUCAUUGUUGUUGUUUGGCCACUUCUUAGCCUUCCUGCCAGGGAGUUUAACUUAGGUUACUUCACAUUCUGGGUUGUGAUUGCCAUAGCCUGGGGAACCAUUGGAUCAACAGUGAUUAUAGCUUUGCCAUUGAUCGAGAGCUGGGGUACCAUCAAGAAUGUCUGCCUCGGGGUGUUUACAAAUGACAGGCUGAUGGAGAAGCUUGAAGAGAUCGACACGAAGCUGCAGACUAUCAUACUGACUAUCCCUGAAGCUGAGAAAAUGUACAUGCUUGAGAAGGAUAAAGCUACUGCGAAGAAGCGAGAGAUGGAACAUGAAGCUUAGUUGCUUCUUUGGAUUGAUCUGAAUCGAUCACAACCUUGUGUAAAUGAGCAAGUAAAUCUCAGUUUAUGGGGUUUCUACUGUCGAGCAGUUUUAAGUAUUGUCGCUGAACCAGUAUCAUGAUAUCAGUGAGUAAGUGAUACUGCUGCUGUUUAUCGUCAAUUACCAUGAGACCACAAGUAUUUGGCAUGCAAAUAUGCAAUAGCUGACCAUGCCAGGUUUCUCAUUUGAUUUCACAUGUACAGUCCAGUGUACAUUUUGGUUGUUGAAGUAUAGCUGGCCAAUGGCCAAAAUAAGGACAAGGAGAAUGU